AGUGUUGUCCGGGUUAGGGGAGGCCGGGGUAGGCCGUCAUUAUAAAUAAUAAUUUGUUCUUAACUGACUUGCCAAGUUAAACAAAAACGACGUCAUAGUCCCAACUGUGCAUACAGAUUUCAGGGAGGAUGAACAUCUUGACUAAGCUGUCACCCAUUCAUUUGUUUGAAAUAUUUUGUCAUUCAAAUGUCUAUGGAUUGUCUCAUCACAACCAACAGAAUACUUUCAAAAUUAGAAAAUGUUUAUCAAAUCGGUGAAUUAUCCCUUUAAUGUGUAUUUCUCCCCUCACAGCAUGAUACUAAUAAUUAAAUAAGUCCACUCACUAAAAAAACUAAAACAAAGCUGCGCGAACCUCGUGAAAGGGUCAUUCAUUCAACGCUUAACACAGAAAAUCAAACCAUUUCUCUGAUUUUCUUUCCCCUACUGCUCUCUGUGUGUUCAAAGAAAAACAGCACCCAAAGGCUAAAGACAAAUCUAUUGAUUGAUGAGACAAACUGUGGUGGACCAGCAUGCAUAGGGAAAUAGAUGGGAGCCUUUUUAACGUGACACUUCCUGGAGGGAUGACAGAGUGCUCCCUGCUCUGCUCUAUACAUGAAUUAUCAACUGCUGUCUGGAAGCCACUUUGUCAAAGAGAUUGAUGAAGACCCAUCAGAAAGAGAACAAAUCAGACUUGAUGGGAGGGGGAGUGAGUGAAGCUAUCGGGGCCUCUCAUUCUGUGUUGGGGGGCUGUUGGAGUGAGUUGGUGAGUUGAGGGGGGGGCUUGAGUUGAAUUGGACUUAAUGGGAAAUAUAUUGAAUGCAUGUUUAGUCUGAUCCUCAGCUGUAUCCAGGGAGAGAGAGGGCUUGUCAAUGGGAUGAACGUUAGAUGGACAUUGACUCCCAUCAUUUAUCAAAGAAAGAUCUUAGAUCUUUAUCACAACUACAAUAUUGGUUUAUAUUGGAAAUCAUGAUCGCUCUCAACGCUUUAUUAUAUUGCUGUGAUGGUGACAUCCAUGGUUCUUUUCUUUGAAAUUCAUUCCAUUUAAAUGUCCUAUUUAUAUUGCAGGCUUGAAACGAGACCACCUGAACCCCUGUCCAUCUGUCAUUUAAAAUGGUCAUUAAGAGGAGGACAUUUCACUCACUACAGGACUAGAGAGAGAGGAGCAUGCUGGGAGGGGUUAUUACACACACAGAGAGAGAGAGAGAGAGAGGAGCAUGCUGUGAGGGGUUAUUACAGAGAGAGAGAAAGGGAGGGAGGGUGAAAGGGAGAGCGUAGGGGAGGGAUAGUGGGACAGUGAGCUGAGGAGAUACAGAGCAUAUCAAGAGGCAGAGAGAGACCGGUACACGUCGAGCCUUCCCAAGAAAAUGACCAAUUUCGCAGGCACUUGGAAAAUGAGAAGCAGUGAAAAUUUUGAUGAACUACUCAAAGCACUUGGGGUCAAUGCUAUGUUGAGGAAGGUGGCUGGUGCCGCGGCGUCCAAACCUCACGUGGAGAUCAGGCAGAAUGGGGAGCAGUUCUACAUCAAGACCUCCACCACCGUGCGCACCACCGAGAUCAACUUCCUCAUAGGCCAGGAGUUCAAUGAGGAGACAGUAGAUGGCAGGAAGUGCAAGAGCCUGGCCACAUGGGAGACCGAGAGCAAAAUGUACUGCAGGCAGACUCUCCUGGAUGGCAACGGCCCAAGGACCUUCUGGACCAGAGAGCUGAGGGGAGAUGAACUCAUACUGACCUUUGGGGCAGACGACGUGGUUUGCACACGGAUUUACGUACGAGAAAAUAAAUAACGUAGCUUCAGGACCGACCAGGACCAUCAUAAUGGGCUCCAUCCCCCUUGGUACAGCUGCAGUAACUCUCCAACACAUCCAUCUUCAGAGAAAUAUUUCAUAACAUCAUAUAUCAGAUUAAACAGACAUUUACCAUGCUUCAUGUAACUAGACCAAACAUGCAAUUGUAUUUAGACAACAUUGUUUCUCAUGCCAACUGCCACUUUAAUAAAACAAUGUUUAAUCCUUUUUGUAUUUACAGUGUUUUGUCAGUAUUGGCAAUAAGAGACGAUAUACAUAUAAUUUCAAUAUAUUGUAUUAUUUGGUCAGGGAGUACGAAGGCCAUGCAGUCAAAACAAGUCGGUUUAAAAAAAAAACUUUGUUUCUAUUGAACAUGCCAUACUAAUAAAGGCAAUUUAAUUAA